AUGGGACAAAGUCAAAACCAAUCUUUGUCUUCCUUAGACAACAAGAGCAAGAACAUCAAUACACUUCCACAGCCGCAACAUGAUGAGGGAAGUAGUAUUGUUGAUUUGAGUAGUGUAGCACAACUUCCGGAUGAAGUUUUGGAGCAAGUGCUAUUCUUUCUGGACCAUAAAUCAUUGAUGCGAUUGAGGGUAUCAUGUAAAUCAUUUUCUGAAAAGAUUGUCUAUAGGAAAAUUAUCGAUACAAACAAGAUAUUGAAGCCAACACAUGAUAAUCAGGAUGAUUUGUACCAUUAUGAGUCUUUACAGAUAUCUGAUAUGGCUAAUGUGAUUGGAUUUCAUGUUAGUGUUUUGUCUCAUGAUCAGGGAUGGGCAUCUGUAAGUAUUUGA